UGUAGGGUGGAGAGGGACCGGGAGAGGAGGUCAGUUUAAUGAGGGGUCCAUGGUGAGGUACACUUUCUCCCUUCGCCCAUCCAUCAGGGGUGACAGCAGGUGACACAAUCUGCUCCAGAGGCCAGGUCAGGACAAAUACCUGCAACAGGCUGGCAAACAUCUGUGAGUGUGUACACAGUGACGUCCUGCAGGUGGAUGCAUUCAAUCAUGCAAGUGUGUGUGAAAAGGCUACAGAGCAGAUCUACUGGGCACAAGAUCAAGGAGGGAAACCGACUACAAGAGAUGCAAUAUGACUACAAAGUGGUGCAAACCUCUUUCAGAUUGGGUGUCCUGCUCCUGUACAGGAGGGGUGGGGUCCCACAUGUUCCCAGGGACCCUUUGUCUCACAGUCCAUUCGCCCAUCUGUCCACCCUCACUGUCUGAGUGGCUCCUUCAAGUGGAAUAUAGUGAAACACUCGACAUUCAUCAGACAGGGAGUGUAAACACUGAAGGACACGUCUCUUGGCCGGAUUCUUCCACUGGAACGCUUUUCCAGAAACGCUCCAUGACCAUCCUGUAUGACAGUCUCUCCCCGAACUCCCUCUCUACAUCCCUCCCUCCCUCCCUCCCUCGCUGCUCCCGGCGCACGAACAAAAAGACAUCUGAGCCAUGUGGAUGGGGAAGAAAACUCACAGCACUUUGUGCAGCCGCCACCGCGCUCCGGUUUCACAAAGUCUCUGACAGGCGGAGAGGCGCGCUGUUUUUACGCAUAGUCUCCAGUCCUGCGGGGCAUUGUAGACAUUGUUUAGUAGCUGUGUAGUAGACUCCUGAGAAGACCUACAGCGGCACAGGCUCUGAUAACUGGAUACCGGGGUCCUGAACUAACAGAGUUUUGAUCAAAAACGAGACGCGCUUUCUUGGAGACGCGGACUGUAGCUGCGUAAAAGCGUGACGCGUGGACUUUUUUUUUUCUAAGUGACAUAUUUUCACCUACGGUGCAACGUUUUUCUUUUUGGAUUUGAUAUUCAAAUUCAAAGUCAGUUGACACGUAAAAGAAGACGAAAACAAGACUUUCCUUUGGUUUGGUGCCAAAUUAUGUGGCUGCGCAGAGUCGCUCCUCGGACGUUUUGGUGUCGACCUUGACUCCUGUUGGAAAAAGACCCAGUGAGACAUUUCUCGUGCUGUUAUUUACUCAUUAACCAUACGAGCUGUUUGGAGGCAAGACUGAACAGGUUACUGAAGGCUGCUGAGACUCUGCAAGAAGCCGUGACAGGACACCGGCCAGAGAAAAAAGGGGCAUUUUGGCCGCGCAUAAAGGGCGAGGAGGAGGCGCCUCUCGCGUUGAAGCUGAGCCGCAUUCAGAUGGAUUCUUCAUGUUUGCUUCGAGCUCAGAGGAGACAGCCCGCUCUGAACAUUUGCAAGCCGUGACAGCACGUUAUAAAACAUGACGCACCGCAGCGUAUGGAUGGGCACAAACAUGAGCUGCACCAAGCGUGGAAGAAGAAGAAGUGACUCCCCUGCGCUCUCCGGUGCGCCCUUGGAGCAGAACGCGCACUGGACAGCUGGUGGGACCAGAUGGAGGGUUCGGAGGAAGGAUAGACAGGAGAUUACCUCUGUGAUGUCAGCCAAGGCCAAGGUGCUGCUGUGGGUUCUCGUCUCUCUGCUGCCUCUGGUGGAAGGAGCUCAUGUGAAGGCCGGAGCUGCUGGGGUGGGAUCAGACUCGGGCCACGCUGUGGGCCUGCUGGGAGGCCAAGAGGAGAGAGAGCUUCCUGUGACGCUGCCAGAGGUGGUGGAGGACAAGGAGCAGGAAGACGACGGUGACCCUUACUCCACUUGGCACACUCUUUAUGACCCUUUUGUAAUGGAUGAGGUGGAUGACCAUCCGAGCAGCCGCUGGGUGGGGCGCUCUCCACGCUCCUCUGACCCCACAGAACCUCAGCCCAAGGGAUCAGCGAAGAAAAAGAAGAAGAGGAAGAAGAAAGAAAAGGAGGAAGAGGAGGAGACGGGGAGAGGAGAUAGGAAGGGUAAAGGUAAAGGCAGGCAGCCCAAGCAGAGCAGCAAGGACUGUCAUGUGGCGAAGAGGGAGAUGAGGGUUCGGGACCUCGGACUGGGCUUUGAUUCGGACGAGAUUGUCCUCUUCAAGUUUUGCGUCGGCUCCUGCCAGUCUUCCAGAACAAACUAUGACCUGGCGCUGAAGGCGCUGCUGGAGAACGGCUCGCUGCCUCGGGGAACCGCCCGCAAGGUCAGCAGCCACCCCUGCUGCCGGCCCGACCGCUACGAACCGGUUUCCUUCAUGGACGCCCAGACCACGUGGAGGACCAUCCAGUCGCUGUCUGCUGCCAGCUGCAUGUGUAUAGGCUGAAGAGAUAGACGAGGGAGAGGGUGGCAACAUCACCCAUCCUGAAUACUGCAGAGGCCUAAAGUCUGUAUGUAGGAAAUAACCAGAGGGAGGCGCUGUUACACAGAGUAGAGGAAGGAAAAGAGUCCACUUGUUUGACUCCUGUGGCCAUUUUCCUGUCGAGGAAGAAGAGGGCCGAGUGCAUCUGGAGGAUCGAGGGCUGAAAAUCAGAGACUGUGGAGGAGGUCACCAGGGAGUCCAGCUCUGGAUUUAUUGUUGCCUCAUCAAAAGAGAGAAUUGUUUUAAACUAAAUAACUAUUGCAGAAUCCUCAAGGCCGCUUACUCCUCAUAAAAGAGACUCCAUAUGUGCUUUGAUUUUAUUUGAGUGAGACCUGAAGGCUGAAGCACGAGAGAUCUGAAGAAAAAAAACACAGUUAAAGGACCGACGCUGUCUUUAUAUUCAUAUUCAGGCUAAACAGACGGAGAUGAUGUUCACAACUGAUGGUGAAAGCAGCUCUUUCCUAAAAUUCCAUCUAUUUGUUUUUGUCUACACACAAACAGGGACAUGACAUUGUAUCUUUUCUAUGUUCAGGUGAACUCAGCCAAAUGGAUGCCAUGCAUCUUCAUGUAUUACUGUGUAAAAGUAAGAUAUAUUUAUUUCAGAUAAAUUAUUUAUUUAUUAUGGCUUCAUAUGAGAGCUGUUAACUCUAUAAUGUAGAUAUAUAUCUAUUUAUUGCCAAAAUUCACAUUUUAUGUUGUGCUUGCAUUCAGUACAUACUUUUUUUUUCUUCUUUUAAAGGUGCGGAUUUUCACUUUAAGAAACUCAGAUUUGUGCAGAUUCUGAGUAGAAUUAGAGAAACAUCACACAAAAAAACUACAGAGAGUUGAGAUUCUCUUCCAUCUUACAUCCCCAACUAACAGUUAUCAGACACAAAUUGACCUGCAUUGAAAAGAUGUGGUAUAGUUAAUAAGCAUUUUUUUCUCUGGAGCACCUCAAACACUUGGGUCUAACAGAUAAUCUCUAUUUUUGGCAUCAAGUUUUGCAAAAAGAAAGUCAGUUUUUAAUGUCUAAACAGAUGAAACUCAACACUGAUUCUUCAUUUUAAAGUGGUGCAGUAAUUCAGCUCAGUUACACUCUCCCAGUAUGUCACUCUGUCAUUAUUAUUGUUAUUAUUAUUAUUAUUAUUAUUAUUAUUAUAAAGUUUCCUUUAUUUUUGUAUGGCAUUAUCCUCUAAGGGAAUAAAGUUUUUUAAAUAUGCA